AUGUCGACAGAACUAAUCUGGGCCAGUGAUGAAAAGGGAAAUCUUAUCCAUUUUGAUUUUUAUGGAAAUCUCCUACAUACAAUAUGUACAUGUGAAAGUAAAAAUGGCUACCACACAGUCAGUAAACAGGGAGAUCUACUCUACACAGAAAGAUACAAUAGAACCAUCUACAAAAUCACAUUUAACGGGAGGAGAAUCUUACCUACGCCAUUCCUAACAACAGGAGAGUGGAUGCCGUGGUGCAUUCACUUUUCAACUAUCAAUGAAAGCAUUAUCCUGGGCAUGAAGAAAGACAAGGAAUGGAAGCUGUCAACGUAUAACAAGGAAGGCACAAAGGUCAGAGACAUUCAGAUGGGUGCUGGAGGAACAAAACUCUAUCAAAGCAUUUCGUAUGUCACUGAGAACAUAAAUGGUGAUAUUUGUUCCUCAGACUAUUUGGCGGGUAGAGUGGUUGUAGUAAACAAAUCGGGAGAGCAUCAGUUCUCUUACUCUUGGCACAAUUCUGAAGGCGUAUAUACUCCUUAUGGAAUCUGUACUGAUGACCAAGGACACAUCUUUGUUUGUAGUAGUGUCAGUUGUGGUCAGGUUUGUCACGAGGUCCAUAUCCUUGCCCAGGACGGCCAGUUCUUGUCUCUCCUGCCUUUACCGGGUGAUUGCCCGCGUGCUAUCUGUGUUGAUAAUCAUCACAGGAUCUAUGUUGCAACAGAACGCUCUAACAUCACUGUGUACAAGUAUACCCCAAAUACGGACAAGUAA